AUGGGCUCCGGGUUUCAAGCUUCACAUGGAAAAUUCCCAAAUCAGCAAGCGCCAACAUCAGCACAAUAUCAGCAACAAAUCAAUCAGCAACGAGCCUUUCAACAGCAACAACAAGCGAUUCAACAAAUGGCGGCUUAUGGGAAUCAAAUGGGGAUGGCUCAAAUGGGUCAAAAUGUUUCUCAACAGCAACACCAACAGCAGCAACAAUACUACAAUGCUAAUCAAGAUUUUUCAGAUCUCUGGAGA